AUGGCGGCCGCCGACACUCCCAGCGUUUUCCUGGUAGCGGUCAACGGGCAGAUCGAGAGCGGAGAGUUCCCUGGAUUUGAUGACCUCUACUGCAAGUUCUGCUUUGUCUAUGGCCAAGACUGGGUUCCCACAGCGGGCCUGGAGGAGGGCAUCUCCCAGAUCACCUCCAAGAGCAGCGUCUCGCCCACAACACUGGUCUGGAACUUCCCCAUCGACAUCACCUUCAAGAGCACCAACCCAUUUGGCUGGCCACAGAUUGUCAUCAGUGUCUACGGACUGGACUUCUUUGGCCAUGAUGUGGUCAGAGGUUAUGGAGCUGUUCAUGUUCCCUUCACCCCUGGAAGGCAUACAAGAACCAUUGCUAUGUUUGUUCCAGAGUCCACAUCCAGGCUGCAGAAAUUUACAAGUUGGUUCACAGGGAGACGUCCAGAAUUUACCGACCCCAAAGUGGUAGCACAGGGAGAAGGCCGAGAAGUAACAAGGGUGCGCUCUCAAGGCUUCGUGACCAUCUCCUUCAACAUAAUGACCAAGGACAUGAGGAAGCUGGGCUAUGAAGUGAGCCCCAGUGACAUGCAGUGCCCAUCCCUGGCACCUGUUACAGAAGGGAUUCCCAAGUACUGA